AUGGUUUCAGAGGUACCUACCCCUAUCGUACCCAUCAUACCCACUCCUACGGUAUUUACAGUGCCACCAGCGGUGCCCCCUGCGGCGUACCAGGCACCGCCGCCACCGGUGCCUACUGCACACCCGGCACCUGCAACAGCAGCAUCAGUUGCUCCACCUCCGGUACGACCACCCACUGUACCUCCAGCCGAGCCCACCUAUGCUGACCCUGCAGUGCCACCAGUGGCACCUGCCCCAGCCUAUGCAGCAGUACCGAGGAUACGUCCCCCGACCUAUCCAGCGGCACCACUUGUAGUACCAGCUCCAGUGGUUCCGCCAGUUCCCGCAGUAGUUCUUACUCACCUGAUUGAUAUAGUUACGGCACGAGCUCGGAUCCCAGCUUUGGCAGAGUCGAUGAAAAGUUGA